AAGACCAAAUCUGUUUGUGAGGAUCUCCCGGAACAGACAGCAAAGAGGACUAGGUCUGAUCACGACUGCUCUCCUUGUGCAAGGAAUGUGAUCGAACAGGAUUUUGUACCAUGGAUGGUGUCUAGCUGCUCAGAAUCUCCUCUCCUUGCCCCACUCUAAAAGGACAGGAAGACAGCAUGGCCGGUAACUCCUGCAUGUCUCCUGCACAUCGCUGUUCAAGAACAUGUAAACUGCAUCUCCACAGAAGCACCGAUUGAAGGAGAACUAGCCUUUUGUUUCCCAGACCCCUGAAAAACCAGAAAUGGUACCAAGAUCAAUCACCGAGGCAGGAUGGAAAGAGUAAAGAUCUGUUUCGCACUGCUGGCACUGUCCUACUGCAGGCAAAGCUAUGCCGCUGUCCUGCCCUCCGACAACGGUCCUAAAUGUGGGCUGCGUCAAACGGAAGGCAGGGUAUCAAACUUCUUGACCUUUUUAUCUCGAAUUGUUGGAGGGCAGGAAUCCACAUAUGGAUCACACCCAUGGCAGGUUUCUCUAAAACAAAAAGGGAGGCAUAUCUGUGGAGGGACUAUCAUCUCUGAAAACUGGGUUAUAACAGCAGCACACUGCAUUGACUCUGAUAUAACAUUAACAGAGUUGAAAGUUUCUGUUGGGGACCAUAAACAGUCUGCUGUUGACAAAGAGGAGCAGAGCCUCCCAGUGAAACGUACCAUAUCCCACGAGCUGUUUAAACUGGCUAACCCGCUAAACCAUGACAUUUCACUGCUGGAGCUGGAUGGACAAAUUAAAUUCAGUGAUAAAGUUCAGCCUAUAUGUCUGCCCCAUCCUGAUGAAGUCUUCAAACCCGGAACUCUGUGCACUACCACUGGGUGGGGGCGUCUAAAGGAAAAUGGGUUGCUCCCUGAUGUCCUACGGGAGGUACAGCUGCCAAUCCUCGAGUCAGAGAAGUGUAUCAGUGUGCUGAAAACCUUCAGGCGCACAAUGGAGGGGCACAGUGUAUUGUGUGCAGGCUUUGAAGAGGGAGGAAAAGACGCAUGCCAGGGGGAUUCUGGAGGUCCCCUUGUUUGCCAGAGGGAGUCGGGUAUCUGGACUCUUGUUGGAAUUACAUCAUUUGGGAUGGGCUGUGCCCGCAGUUGGAUAAAUAACAUCAGCAAAUCAAAACCAAGUAGAGGAUCGCCAGGAGUCUUUACAGAUGUGGCACUCUUUCUGCCCUGGAUUCAGAAAACUCUAAUCCAAGCGACUCAGACAAUGAAAAAAUCAUCAAAACUGUGCAGUGCCACAGAUGGUGCACUUAUUGGUAUAGAAGGUGGUAUAGAUUAUCCAGAGAAACCCAAUCAGUUCUAUGAGAACAAUGAAAUGUGUGUAUGGUCUAUACAUGUUCCAGAGGAAAAAUACAUAUUGCUAAAUUUUUUACGGUUUGAUUUGGAAGAAGACACUUCCUGCAACAGUGACUAUCUUGCUGUUUUUGCUGAGGCAGAUUUGCUAAUAGGGCGUUUUUGUGGCAGUGUAUCUCCACUCCCCAUUCUGAUUGGCUCCAGUAGUGUCACGCUGAAGUUUAUGUCAGAUAUCAGCAAUUACAGAACUGGGUUUUCAAUGACGUACAAAGCUGUUGAACCAGAUUCUCAACUAGGCUCUGGCUGUGGAUCAGUUGCAGUCCUUCUAGCAGAGGGUAUUAUUCAGAGCAUGCACUAUCCCCAGCUGUACAACAAUAAAGCUGACUGCCACUGGGUUAUCUAUGCUCCAGAAAACUAUGCCAUUGAGCUGGUGUUUGAAGAUUUUGAACUUGAACAGUCCACAGAUUGUGCCUAUGAUUCCCUUAAAGUGUACGGUGAUGUAGCAGGAUCAGAGGAAAUAGCCACGUUGUGUGGCUUAACCAUCCCACCGCCUGUGCUGAGCUAUGAAAACGUGUUGGUUGUACAGUUUACCUCGGACAACAGCCAUUCAUACAGGGGAUUCCGUGCAGCAUUUUCCUUCAUUAGUAAAGCAGUUCUGCAUGGUCUGGAAGGAUUUGAAGACUUACCGACUAAAGCAACAGAAAUGCCAUACACAGACAUGCCGAAUGAUGUGUGUGGAAUGUCGCUGGUUCCUGCCAGGUUUGUCUUCAGUCGCAUUGUUGGGGGUGAGGAGGCGGUCCCCAACUCCUGGCCCUGGCAGGUCAGUUUACGUGUUGCCGGUGAGCAUGUCUGCGGAGGAGUCAUUAUCAAGCCGGACUGGAUCCUUACUGCAGCACACUGCCUGCAAGGCCGUGAGAAAUACUCAAAGCUGCUGGUAGUUGUUGCUGGAGAUCAUGACAUUUCAACUGAAGACCCAGGAGAGCAGAAAAGAUCAGUGAAGAGCAUUGUCCUUCACCCAAGCUACAACGACUCCUCUAAUGAUUACGAUGUUGCCUUGUUGCGGCUGGAUGCUCCCCUUCAGUAUAAUUACUAUGCUCGCCCAGCUUGUCUUCCUGAAAACAGACAGAAAGUGGAGCCGUCCAGCCUUUGCACUGUCACAGGAUGGGGAGGGAGAGCCAUAGGUGAAUCUAAUAAAAAACUACAGCAGCUGGAAGUGCCUGUGCUGGAGCCGCAGGCCUGCAGUCAGUACUACCCGGACAGGACCACAGAGAGAAUGUUCUGUGCAGGGUUCCCUCUGCAGGAAGGAAAGGACACCUGCAGGGGUGAUUCUGGGGGUCCAUUGGUGUGCCACUCUGAACACUCCAAUUACAUUGUCUAUGGGAUUACCAGCUGGGGUGCUGGCUGUGGGAAAGCCCAGAAACCUGGAGUCUAUGCCAGUGUUCCUGCCUUCAUGGACUGGAUUCAUGAACAGCUCAACUUUGCUACUAAUAUUCCUGAAGAUGUACAAAAACCACUGAACAGCAUGCAGCCAGAGAAUAAUUCACAAGAGAAAGGUGGACAACAUGAAAUGACUGGUACUCGAGACCCUUCACCUGACGCCUUAUCAAAACACAAGACAGUCCUGCACAUGGAGACCUCAGAGUGUUUAAACACUACUGAUGAAGUUCAUUUUGCUUCUGGCUGUCAAGAUGUCAUUUUAUUGCAAACAGCAGGAGAGGUCCAAUCUCCCAGCUACCCCAACAACUACCCUAAUGAUGUCAGUUGCCAGUGGAGAAUCAUUGCGCCAAAGGAUAAGAUCAUCAAAGUGGAGUUCAAAGACUUCGAUAUUAGUACAGAUGGAGGAAACUGCUCUGAUUUCAUUGCCGUGUAUAAUGGAAUGUCCCAAGACAAGAAUUUAAAAGUUAAAUUCUGUGGCGAUACAAAGCCCUGUACUUUGUGGUCCAGUGGGACUGCUCUUACUGUGGAAUUCACCUCCGAUGCUGUUGGAACUGCACUUGGAUUUAGGCUGGAGUACAGUGUUCAGGAUUCAAAGGAUGAAUAGUUUUCGAACACACCUUCCAUCUGCAUUAAUUCAUUUCAAUAUUCACAAGAAUAUUUCUUAAUUUCACAUCACAUUUUUAAUAUACAAUAGUCACCAAAUGUAUUUAGCUUAAAAAAAAAAUAAUAAUAAAAAAAAAAAAAAAAAAAACUUGUUGCCGUCAUGGAAACAACAUUUAUGUGUGUUUUGUUAAAGUAAUUUUGAGAUUAUAUUGCUCAUGAUAUGCUCUAAACAGUAAAAAUAAUACCAGUUUUGUCACAAUAUAUUAGUGAUAUAUUGCCAAUAAUGUCUUGGAGAUCUUUUGUAUUUCGCUCAACCAAUUGUAUUUAUCAAUCAUUGUGAGUUUCAAACACAAAUUAAGCACUUGCAUAACAUAAUAAAAGCAUUACAAAUAAA